AUGGCGUCUCGUAGUUUGCUAACAACAUUCGUAAAACGAAACUUCUGGAGCAAAAAAAAGAAGGAUUUCGGGAGAUACGCAAUUGUACGGCCCGGGAAUGUUUCGGAGAUGAGAAAAAUACCGGAUGGUAUUGUAAAACCGAGCUAUUUCGCUACGGGGGAGCCUGCAGAGGUUGUGGAGCAUGCCGAGAUAAAAAAUGGCGAGGAGAUUUUGAAAAUGCGGAAAUCUUGUGUGCUGGCUGCCAAUAUUUUGAAAAAAGUUGGCGAGUUUUUAGAACCGGGGAAAACCACUGAUGAAAUAGACAAGUUGGUGCAUAGCCUUACUAUAGAAAAUGGAGCAUAUCCUUCCCCAUAUAAUUACAGAAAUUUUCCAAAAUCUGUGUGUACAUCGAUAAAUAAUGUGGCUUGUCAUGGAAUCCCAGAUGAUAGAAAAUUGUUGAAUGGUGAUAUAAUAAAUGUUGAUAUAACAGUUUUUCUUGAUGGUCACCAUGGAGAUUGUUCAAAAAGUUUUCUUGUUGGAGAUGUAGAUGACGUGGGCAAAAACCUGGUAGAAGCCACUGAAAUUUGUCUCCACGAGGGAAUUGAAAUUUGUAAACCUGGGGCGUAUUUCAGGCAAAUAGGAGCCCAAAUUCAACAAAGGGCUUCACAAUUGGGCUUCAAUGUAAUACCGGCUUUUAUAGGGCACGGAAUAGGGAGAUAUUUUCACGGGCCGCCUGAUAUUUACCACAUGAGGAACAACUAUCCGGGUAGGAUGGAACCAGGAAUGACGUUCACGAUAGAGCCGAUUCUGACGCAAGGCGGUCACAUGAUCGAAAUACUCGAAGACGAUUGGACGGCGGUGACAGUUGAUGACGCUAGGACCGCCCAGUUUGAGCACACUGUUUUAAUUUUAGACAGUGGGGUGAAAAUUUUGACAUUACCCGAUUUGUAG